AUGCCACCAGCAGAUCCCUUUCCAGAGCCCCUGAGGAAACCUGGGUGCAGCCAGGACCCCAACUUUGAGGACACACUGCUGGGUUCAUCUCAGGCUCUAUGGGGUAACUGGAAGGAUGGGUUAAUCCUGAAUGUGGCUGCAGCCAAUUUAGGUGACCUGCCAGAUGAGAGGUUUCUGGAGGACAAGAGAACUGACUUUGAGAUUUCACUGGCCAAGGGGCUGGCCAAAUUAGCCAUCAAAGACUCUCUAAACGUUCUUGUUCCCUGGAAUGACCUGGAUGACUUCAACAAGAUCUUUUGGUGUGACCACAGCCAGCUGGCUGUGAAGGUGCGGGACUCCUGGAAGGAAAAUGCCUUAUUUGGGUACCAGUUUCUCAAUUGCACCAACCCCAUGCUGCUAAGGCGCGCCAGUCGCCUUCCUGCCCGCCUGGUGUUCCCUUCUGGGAUGGAGGAGGUGCAGGCCCAGCUGGAGCAGGAGCUGCAGGGAGGCACGCUGUUUGAAGCCGACUUCUCCCUGCUGGAUGGGAUCAAGGCCAACGUCAUCCUAUGUAGCCAGCAAUACCUGGCUGCCCCUCUGGUCAUGCUCAAACUGCAGCCUGAUGGGAAACUCUUGCCCAUGGUCAUCCAGCUCCAAUUGCCACGCAUGGGAUCCCCACCACCACCACUUUUCCUGCCCACGGACCCCCCAAUGGCCUGGCUCCUGGCCAAAUGCUGGGUCCGGAGCUCUGACUUCCAGCUUCACGAGCUUCUCUCUCAUCUUCUGAGGGGACAUUUGAUGGCUGAGGUUAUCGCUAUGGCCACCAUGAGAUGCCUUCCAUCGAUACACCCUAUCUUCAAGCUGAUAAUCCCCCACCUGCGAUACACCAUGGAAAUUAAUGUUCGGGCCAGGAAUGGGCUGGUCUCCGACAUGGGCGUUUUUGACCAGGUGGUGAGCACCGGUGGGGGAGGCCACGUGGAGCUGCUUAAGCGCGCUAGAACCUCUUUAACCUAUAGAUCAUUCUGUCCCCCCGAUGACCUGACUGACCGGGGGCUUCUGGGAGUCAAGUCUUCUUACUAUGCUCAGGAUGCUCUGCGGCUCUGGGAAAUCAUCUAUCGCUAUGUGGAGGGAAUUGUGAGUCUUCACUAUAAGACAGACAAGGCGGUGAAAGAGGACCUUGAACUGCAGACCUGGUGUCGAGAGAUCACUGAGAUUGGCCUGCUAGGGGCCCAGGACCAAGGAUUUCCCAUGUCCUUAGAGACUCGGGACCAGCUUUGCCACUUUGUCACCAUGUGCAUCUUCACCUGCACUGGCCAGCAUGCCUCUGUCCACCUGGGCCAGCUGGAUUGGUAUGCUUGGGUCCCUAACGCACCCUGCACAAUGCGGCUGCCCCCACCGACCACCAAGGAUGUGACACUGGAGAUGGUGAUGGCCACACUGCCCAACUUUCAUCAGGCUGCUCUCCAGAUGUCCAUUACCUGGCAACUGGGCAGACGUCAGCCCUUUAUUGUGGCUCUGGGCCAGCAUGAGGAGGAGUAUUUUUCAGGCCCUGAGCCCAAAGCUGCGCUGAAGAAGUUCAGGGAGGAGCUGGCUGCCCUGGAUGAGGAAAUUGAGGUCCGGAAUGCAAAGCUGGAUAUGCCCUACGAGUACCUGCGACCCAGCAGAGUGGAAAACAGUGUGGCCAUAUGAGCACCCCUGGCCUGUGGUUGUUUCAGCAUCUCUUCCCCCAACCCACAGCCCCAUCCCUUAGAGCAGCGGUUCUCAACCUGUGGGUCGCGACCCCUUUGGCGGUCGAACGGCACUUUCACAGGGUUCGCCUAAGACCAUCCUGCAUAUCAGAUCUUUACAUUAUGAUUAAUAACAGUAGCAACAUUACAGUUAUGAAGUAGCAACGAAAAUAAUUUUAUGGUUGGGUCACAACAUGAGGAACUGUAUUUAAAGGGCCAGAAGGUUGAGAACCACUGCCUUAGAGCUUUCAGUCUUCCUCUCCCAGCCAGGCCCCUUUCUAUCUCCUCCCUCCCUAGAGAGUCCCUUUUGCUUUGUGUGUGCCCACAGUGAACACAUUGUACUCUAGACGCACCACCUAGGGGCCUCAUUUUCCCUUUAUUCCUCCCACUUUUCCUAUUGUCCUCCCUCCCUCCCUCAUCACUGGGUUCUCCCAAAGCGCAGAGAGUAGUCACAUUUAUAUAAACGGUUUCACUGGACGAGGGCAAUAAUACAUAUUACUCCACAUGCUUAUAAUUUUGAGUUUAACUAUAAAAAAAGAUAUUUUAGACUAAUGAAAAAAACAAAAUUAGAUAAAACUAUCCUAAAUCAAACACUGGCAAAAGAAUCUACAGUAAGUCUUUUUAACUCAGUGGGAUUUCACACGUCCUGAAGCCAGACACAGCACAGGGCAGACCAUGGACAUGGCAGUUCUGAAGAUUCUCACUUUGUGGCUCACUUAGAAAACGGCAUGUGGAAGUAAAGUGGUUAAACCCAAGAAGCUGCUCCGAGCUGGGGGGAUUUGGCCUUGGGGCUUCAGUCUGAGGGGUCCAUACUUACAACCCAUUUGCAGUUCACCAGC